AUGCCUGAACUCAACCAUAUCGCCAAACGCGAUUGGAAACCCGACUCCUACAACAGGGCUGUCAACUUCGUGUACUCUGAAGAGUAUACCAAGCCGGUAUUUGAUUUACUUUCUGCUCAACCUGGUGAACGGAUUGUGGACCUCGGUUGUGGUACGGGUGAGCUCACAGUACGUCUCAAACAACUUGUUGGAAAGGAAGGGGAUGUUUUUGGGGUUGACGCUAGUGAGAGUAUGCUUGAAAGAGCCAAGAAAAACGGUAUCAGACACGUCUUCCGCUCCGAUGCUCAGAACCUUGUAAUACCUGAGGAAUUCAAUGAUAUAGCCGGAACAUUUGAUGCGGUGUUCACCAACGCCGCGCUUCACUGGUGCAAGCAAGAUCCACGUGGUGCGGUGAGAACCGCAAAGACUCUUCUGAAACCAGGAGGCCGGUUCGUAGGCGAAUUAGGUGGACAUAUGAAUGGACUAGGUUUGCGAUGUGCCAUAUCACAGGUGCUUACACGUCGUGGGAAAGCGGCUGUUGACCCGUGGUUUCUUCCUCAGCCCUCAGAAUAUACAAAAAUACUCGAGUCGGAAGGAUUCAGAGUUGAACACACAUCGCUGAACCCUCGUGUCACCAUUCUCCCAGGAACCUUGGCGGAUUUUGUUCGGGCACUCUUUUGUACCUCCUACUUCAAAGACAUCGGAGAUGAAGAGAUGGAUGAUAUGAUUGAGGAAGUUAGCAGGGUUUUAAGGUUCCGAGCAAUCGCCCCCAUGUAA